CUCCCUCAAAGAAAAAACCACUACUUCCAUAACUUUACCUCGAAAAUGCGUUCCUUCACCGCAAUCCUCGCCGUCCUCACAAGCGCCCUGCUCGUAUCCGCCCAAGCGGUGCCUCAAGGCCAAGCGGCGCCUAAAGCCCAAGCGGCAGCUCAAGCCUGCUGGAAAUGCCCCCCCAAUCAAGGACUGUUCAAGUUCCAACAACAGGCCGGAAGCGACCCACUCCACUGCCAAUUCUUGAAGGACGGCAUGACUUAUUAUUGCGAUUACAAAGUGGCUGACGGCACGUUGAUCUAUAACGUCAACGACGCUUUCUGCCCCGCCAGUGCCGUUCCCUCGCGUAUGCGCUUCUGGUCCGAAGUUGGAUACUUGGGAAUGGUUGCGGGCAUCGGUAAUUUUACCUUCGAGUUUACAAAACCCGUCAUGUCGAACCCUUUCCACAUUAUUACCCAGAAUGUAUGGCCUGUUGCGGUGAAACUGAGUGGUACUAAGGAAUAUCAAGAAGAUUUCGAUUCUGCGAGGGACGAAUGGAUGAAAUACGCUUAUUUAGAAUUCAGCGAAACGAAAGACCGCCGUGUCUCAAACAUCCUAAUCACCUGGCCAAAAGAUGACUGGCAGGCAUCUUCGGGAAUCCAGUUUUACAAGGCCUUCACGAUGCUGAUGUAUCCAGGCCGUGAACCGGACGAUAUGACGAUAGAUGAGGCCUUAAAAGCCGCCGGUAUUCAUUUUCAAGCAGACGACACUGAAGAGGAGCGUAAAAAAGGAAAGAUUGCAACUGACAUCAAGGCUUACGUUGAAGAUGGGGACUACGAGAACGCCAGAAAAAACUUCAUCGUUGUUUUACAACGAGAACAGGAAGCACAAAAAGGGCACGCAGCAAGCACGCAGAUCAAGAACUUGAAGAAGUCAGAUGUGGAAACUAAGGGCGAUUUUGAGGAUGUUUUCAAUUUGAGUACAGCGGUUAAGGAAGCGGUUGAAUGGGUUGCCAACAACCAGAGUGAUGACAAUGAUAACCCCGAGAGAGAGGAGGAGAACGAUCAUUACGACCUGAUUACGACUGAAUUGGACUGA